AUGAAUGGACACACAUCAAUCCCACCCCGCCAUUUUCAGGCCGCUUCUAUCCAGUUGAAUGAUUUCAAGCAGAUAUGCUCGCGCACAGUCGAUAUCUCCACCUACCCAUUGGCCUGUGCGGUGGAGCGUAAUAUACCAAUCUAUGACCUCGGAGCUCUAAAUGCAGCUUUAACUAGCGCCACUACUCUGCAGCUGCAGGAUGAGUGGCAUCACAUCCUGCAUACUGGGCCAGGUGUCUUCGUCCUGCGAGACAUGUAUAGCCCCGUCCGGUACAGCCAUGUCCUAUCCGCAGCGAACGCGGCCUUCGAUCGAAUCAUUGUCAGGGAACGCGAAUCCAAUACCUCCCAAGGUGACCACUUCGCUGCUAGUGGCAGCAACGACCGAAUUUGGAAUUCUUUCAACAAACAUGGCGCCGAGGACCCCGCAUCAUUCGUCGAUUACUACGCCAACCCCUGGUUAGCCGCCGUCUGCACUGCAUGGCUCGGCCCGGGCUAUAAGGUAACCGCGCAGGUUAAUGCAGUCCAUCCUGGUGGGGCAGCCCAAGAGAGCCACCGUGAUUUCCACCUAGGGUUCCAGGAGGCGGACGCGUGCGCACGUUUCCCAGCACCAACGCAGCUGGCAACGCAAUUUCUCACCCUGCAGGGAGCCGUAGCACACACGGACAUGCCCGUCGAAAGUGGCCCUACGCGCUUCCUGCCAUUUUCGCAAACUUAUGCGCCAGGGUAUCUAGCCUGGCGUCGCCCAGAAUUUCGCACCUUCUUUCAAGAGAACUACGUCGCGUUGCCGUUGACUCUGGGAGACGGUGUCUUCUUCAAUCCAGCGCUCUUCCAUGCGGCGGGAGCGAAUGUGAUGGACCCGAAUAACGGUGGGGUUCGUCGCGUCGCGAACCUGUUGCAAGUGAGUAGUCCAUUUGGGAAACCGAUGGAGACCGUGGACUCGCUACCACUGGUGGAGAGCACUUGGGAUUUGCUGGUCCAGCGGUAUAAGGCUGCUGGAAACAAGAUUGCCAAUCAGGACCUUGAUCCUCAGCAGUCGUCACUGGAAGCUCGCGAGAUCAGGGCAUUCAUCCAGGCUCUCGCAGAAGGAUACCCCUUUCCUACCAACCUCGACCGCCGGCCACCUGCUCCGAGUGGCAUGGCACCCGAAAGUGAGCAAGAUAUUGUGAUGCGUGGACUGGAGGCCGAAUGGAGUCGCAAACAAGUGGUUGCUGCGCUGGAGCAGAUUCGACGUGACGAGCGAGCAUAA